UCCCUCCCGCCUCCUCCUCUUUCCCCAAUCGCAUUCUCUUUACACUUACAGAAACCUUUCAAAACCCUCGGUCUACUGUCCCUCCCAUCACCACUGAUUCUUGGUGGUGCUCCGACGAUUGCCCUCUUUACCACCGCCUUCGCCGGACUAAACAAUGGCGGCUGCAGCUUCCUCUGAUGUUUCCGAUGGACCAGUCCUCAGCCUCAUCAACAAGCGUCUCCGCGCCCUUCGCAAGAAGCACAAUCGCAUCAUUCUGAUGGAGGAGGCAAUUUCUCAGGGAAAGCCCAUUAACAAGGAGCAAGAGGACGUCCUUCGCUCUAAGCCUUCCGUCACCGCUCUCAUCGAUGAGCUUGAAAAGCUUCGUCAACCGCUAUCGUCGGCUGUCUCUGAGGAAAUUAACUUGGCCGUUCAACGCCAGCAGGCGAGUGUCUCCUCUCAGCCCGUUGUAACCGAUGAUUCGCCUUCGGAGGUUACGGAUGACAAACCGAGUGGCGAGAAAGACCAGUCCGAACACGCUGUGGUCGAGGACCUUCUAAACCUCCUUUAUUUUGGCUCUUUGUUUGACGUCAAAUCUCAAAGCGAUUUUACUUCUACGAUGCUUACGAGAACGCACGAAAGAAGUUGCUGCAUCACCUACGAUUAUGUCACCGACGAUGCUACCGAUCUUCUUGCCGAGAGGGAUUUGGAUUUGAUAUCGACGAUGAGCGGCCUAUUGGUCUCUCGUCCCGUAGAUUCGAAUUUGCCGCAUAAGAAUGCAUUGGAGCGUUGCAUCGAGCACGCUAAACUCUGGCUCACGAAGGCUGAUCAGCCUAUUGAGCCCAACACGGACGUUACUUAUGCAAACUUGAGGGAGAGGCUGCACAAGAUCAUGGCGUCAGAUUACUUCACUACCACACCUGAGAUAAAAGGUCCUGUUGAGGUAGCUGCUGUUGCUGCAGGAAACUAUGCCAAUUUCCAGGUUCCGGUGGCUGUCCAUGAAGAAGAAUCAGAUGAAAAGUUUCAACAUACGGAUGUUGAUGUGGGAGACUUGCAAGGAGAUGAUAUCAGUGAUGGUCAACCUGGUUCUGUUGACGAGAUGCCCCGGGAUGUGCAAGAAACUGGAAAUUCUUCUGAACUCGUCACACAGCAAGAAGUGAGACCAGAAGAAGAAUUUGAGCAGAAACAUGCGGACGGAGAUGCAAAAGAUCAGCAGUAUGUUCCUCGAAGGGGCUAUAUGAACCAAAGAGGUGGCCGUGGAGUUGGUGGCCGAAGAGGAUAUUCUAAUGGUCGUGGAGGUCGAGGCGAUGGAAGGGGAGGAGGAUCCUACCAGAAUGGACGCAGCCGAUAUUAUGACCAGUCAGGAAACUAUUAUCAGAGGAACUACUACAAUGGUCGAGGAAGAGGUGGGAGGGGCGGUGGCCAAUCUUACAACAGUCAUGGUUCAGCCCAAGGCGCUCCCAACUCUAACUCUAACUCUGCAAGUGUUGGCGUGGCUUUGUGAUGACGGUAUUGAUAUGUCCUCGGAGUGUUUCUCAGAAGUGGGUGGGUGAUGCGAAUGUUUGUUGCUUUUCAUUAUUCUCUCUCUCCAUCUAUGGACAUUGGUCCUCGUUGAAUUCACCAUCCUACAUCUUGUUUUUGUAGCUAGUUUUGAUGGAUCCAAUGGAACCUGUGUACAAAAGGGCAGAUAUUGCCAAACCGUUUGAUCCUAAGUUAUUUUGUGGACACGAGUUGCCGAUGUUUAGACGCGUAUGUUAAGGUAUGAUAUGGUUUUCUCGUUUUCUUAUCAAGUGUUCUUAGUCCUUAAA